AUAUCUAAACAGGAAGAAAAAUCAAGUGUAUGAUUAUACAAUCCCUGAGAUUAAGUAACUAACCCAUCUAUCAAUAUUUAUUUCCUAUAUGAACAUAUUUACUUCCUAUAUAACCUGUAACAAUGAAUAAUGUACCAGUGAAUGCACUAAGGAUUUUUUUUUUUGUUUUUGUUUUUGGGGGGGAGAUAAUGAUUGAUUGGAGUAAGACUCAUGGAUGUUUGACUAUUAAUCCCAAUAUGAAUUGCUUGUAUUAGUAGCACCAUAAUACUUGAAUGAAGAUGAGGAUUAGCUGAAAGAAUGCCCUUGUAUUGGUAUUGAGUUGAUAUAAAGUUUGGAAAAUAUCUUUUAUAUGCAUGUGGGUUCCUCUUGAAGUGAAGUGUUGGUCAGUCUACAAAUAGCUUGUAUGGCAUGAAGAAUUCAAGUGAAAAUUCUCUAAUAGAUUUAUCGAGAUACAAAAGAAAAUUGCAUGCACAUGCUUCUAGAGCUGCUCGAUUAGCAGCAGCCUACGGUGCUGGGUGCAUUUUGCCAAGGGUGCCGUAAAGUUCCUCCAUUCAAUUAUAGUACAGAAUCAUCUAUAGAAAUUUACAUGCCCUUGAAGAUACACUUUUCUGUUGUCAUGGUAACAAGGGUAAGAGAUGGAGACAUGCUUUCAAGUGAAAAAGAGAGAAUGCACAGAAUAUUUUUUUCUUUGCCUGCAGACUACUUGUGCUUAGGGGACCAUGUGUGGUGCAAUGAUAAAGCUUCAAGCUUGCGAGAGUGGCUCAACUUUUUCUUCCUAGGAAAUUCUUCUCUUGCCAGGCAAAGUUUGCUGAUUCUGGAGUAGAUGGAUCAUUCAGCUCAAAAGUAGUGCCUCCAACCCUAUUGGCUGCAGAAAAAGAAGAAGCCAAGGCUAUCUUAACCUUGUUCUUGAAGAAACAAGGUUUAAGCAAUGCAGUUGCUGCUAGAACUAUCAACAAAUCGGACCUGUUCAUUGACCACCUUGUCUCAAGGCUUCAUUCAGUUCAUAAAUCUCGGAAGAGAGCUCACAACUCUAGAAAUCAGGGACGCUCUUAUUCCGUACCUAGAAUCUCUCCUUGAAGAGCACAGAAGUGUUCUGGUAGAUUUAGUGGAGAACUUUCCUAACCCACCUGUUAAAGGAAAACCAGUUCAACCUCUAUCUCCACCGGAUAUAACACUUGAUUCAAAGAAGCUGAAAGCUUUGUCUAGAGUAAGUGAGGCAGGCCCUGCUGGGAAGCUUCCCCCUCGUACUUUAUAUCUUAUGGACCUUGGCCUGAAUCUUGAACAGAUCAAGGGAAUCACACGUAGAUUCCCUGCUUUUGCUUACUACAGCUUGGAGGGCAAAAUUAAGCCGGUGGUUGAGUUCCUUCUGGAUCUUGGAGUACCUAAAUCGGACCUUCCAACCAUCCUUGUCAAAAGGCCCCAACUGUGUGGAAUUAGUCUCUCGGAAAAUCUCAUACCCACUAUGACAUUCUUAGAAAAUUUGGGUGUGGAUAAGAGACAAUGGGCUAAAGUUAUUUACCGUUUUCCAGCACUUCUUACUUAUAGCAGGCAAAAGGUUGAAGUGACUAUAGAUUUCCUUUAUGAGAUGGGUCUCUCAGAAGAGAGCAUCGGUAAAAUUCUAACACGUUGCCCAAACAUUAUAAGCUACAGUGUUGAGGACAAACUACGACCAACUGCUGAAUACUUCCGUUCAUUGGGGGUUGAUGUUGCUGUUCUUCUGCACCGAUGUCCACAGACUUUCGGCCUCAGUAUUGAGUCCAACUUGAAGCCCGUGACAGAAUUCUUCUUGGGAAGGGGGUACAGUAUUCAAGAAGUUGGGACUAUGAUUUCAAGAUAUGGAGCUUUAUAUACUUUUAGCUUGGCAGAGAAUGUGAUACCGAAGUGGGAAUUCUUUUUGACCAUGGAUUAUUCAAAAGAAGAGCUUGUUAAAUUUCCUCAAUAUUUUGGCUACAGUUUGGAAGAGAGGAUAAAACCAAGGUAUGCAUUAGUGAAGGAGUCUGGAGUCAAACUGCUGCUGAACCAGGUUUUAUCACUAUCAUAUUGUGAUUUUGACAAGGCUCUGAAAAAGAAAAUGAAGAGAAUGCUUUCAGACAAGGCCUCAAAUGAUGUCAAAAGCGAUGAAGAUCUUAACAAGGAAUUAAACAGUGAUACUUCUUAGUGA